CUUUAUACUUUUAACUAAAACAUGGAUAAAAGUAUUUCUGAAAAAGACGUGUCAAAGUCAAAAAACAAACCUUUUAUACCCGAUGAAUUGUCACUGCUUUCUGAGCUAGUGUAUAAGCAUAGAUUUAUACUUGAAAAAGUUGGUAAACAAUAUUCAACAGUAGCUGACAAAAGAAAUACUUGGGAAUCAUUGGCUAAUGAAUUCAAUAGCGCAGGAUUAAAUGUUACUCGUUCUUCUGACCAGCUUAAGAAAAAAUGGGACAAUAUCAAACAAAGUAGAAAGACAGAAAUAAGAGACACAAAAAGGCAUCAAUAUACAACUGGUGGAGGCCCAUCUUGUCAGCCAAUUAUUAAUGACUGUCCAGCCGACCAGUUUUUAAAUGAAAUAACUGAUAUUGAAUUAAUUGUACCACCAGAUAAUGAUUACAUACCAUUACACUGCAGUGUACCUACAACAAUAGAAAACAAAAUAGUUUCAGAUCGACCAGUUUAUUUAAUAACUACCACUUAA